AUGGACGUUGCUCCCCCUACAGAUUUCGACUUCAGUUUCGCAUCACACGCUGACACUUGCUACACAAGCGCCCCCUCCAGUCCCACACGACUCACGGAUUUGUAUCGCGGGUUUGACGAGCUGUUGAUCGCAGCCGAUGCUAACCGCGCCAGUUCUCUUGCCACCAUCCCGUUUGCGUGGGAAGAGAAACCCGGAGUACCCAAAACACCCUCCAACUUACCUGAAGACGACGAUUUUACAUUUGAUGUAAGUUGUCGUUUUGAUAGUGAGAGAGAAAGAGGCAGAGAGAGAGGGUUUUCAAAUUCUUCAAGAAGCAGGAGAACGAGAUCGUUGUCCCCGCUUGGAACCUCUUAUCAGCGGCGACAAGUGGCGCCUUCAUCUCCUGCGCCUUCAUCAAAUAAUGGGUCUAGAAAAUGGAGUUUGAUGGAUCUUUUGUUGUUUAGAAGUGCUUCGGAUGGUCGAGCAAUGGACAGAGACCCGUUGAAGAAAUACUCUACCAAUUUUAGAAAGUGUGAUCAAGAUAUCAGGAACCCUGGAUCAGUGUCGAAGCGAAGGGGGCGAGUAUCAGCUCACGAGCUACAUUACAAUGUGAACUGGGCGGUUUCGAAUGACAUGAAGAAGAAAACAUAUUUGCCGUAUAAGCAAGGUAUUCUUGGAAGACUCUCCUUCAAUCCGUAA